UUAUUUUGGCGGCAUGUUGCUACCAGGAAGUAACAAGACACAAAUCUGACGUUUCGUGUUGAAGAAGAUGACACGAGCCAAACCAGAAGAUGAUGAGUACUGGAACAGGUCCAAAUUAAAAGCUUUCACAUUUGAUGAUGAAGACGAUGAGUUUUCACGGCUUAAAGAGUCCAAACGGGCCGUCAACAGCCUUAUGAUAGAUGCUGCUGCUGAUGAUGAUGAUGAUGAUAAUUUUGAGAAAGUCAGUUGGAGUGGAGAACCUGUGGGAAGUAUCUCUUGGUCAGUUAAAGAGACUGCCUCCAGUAAUCGAUCAGGCAGUGAACCGUGCUUUCCCAAAAUAGACACCACCUCUUCACUGUCCAAACAGGGAUCUGGAUACUCGCUGAGCUCUCUGUUUAGAGCAAAAAGUAAAUCGGGUGGUUUUCAGUCCUUCUCAGAGUCUUUUAGUGAAACAUCUAUAAGAACAUAUGCACCAGAGCUGCGAAAACCCAAAUCUGAUAGAAAGGAUUUUGUCAGCGACCUGAGUCCUGAGGAAACAGUGAGGAGAAUGCAGAAAGGACGGGCGUACUCGCUGGAGAAGUUCCGCUCCCUCCAGGACAAACUUUUGCUUCUUGAUGAAGCAGUUGCUCUUUAUGAUGGCAAUGUCAUCACUGCUGUCUUGAUCUAUUUAAAAAAGUCUUUAAAUAAAGAUAUCCUCUUUCGAGUGUUAAUGUCCAGAGAUGUGGCAUUGCAUCAUUACAUUCACUAUUUAAAAGAGAUGGGAGAACAGAAGCUUCUGGUGGAGUUACUGAAGGCUCUCGGCAGGACGGAAGAUAUGGCGUUGGUGCAAUACAAAGAGAACUUGGGUAUUAAGGAUGAAGGCAGAAGAAGAGAUUUCCUGAAAAGUUGUCUCAGCCUUCCUUUUUCUCAAGACGAUGCCAUUCAUGUUCAAGACCACUAUACACUCCUCGAGAGACAAAUCAUCAUAGAGGCUAGUGACAAGAGGGCAGAUGGUGAAAUCUUUAAAAGGUUUCCAAGAAAAGCAUCUAUCUUAAAUAUGCCAAUCAUCACCACACUAUACUACUCCUGCUUUUACCAUUAUGGAGAGUCUGAGGGAACUUACAGCAGCCCAGCAAACAUUAGAAAAACCUUCAGGAUUUCAGAAAAGCAGUACAUUCUAACAGCUCUUGGCGCGAGAGCUAAACUAAGAUUAUGGUUUGAUGUGGAUAGUUUGUUCAACACCAAAAACUGGCUUGGCUACACCAAGAAGAAAUCCCCCAUUGGCUUUCACAAAGUGGUGGACAUCCUUCACAAAAACAACGCACCUAUAUCGGUCCUGCAGGAAUAUGUGAACCUCAUCGAUGACACAGAGGUCAAGCUCGGUAUGGCUCUGAAGUAUAAAUGCCAUGACAUUGUCAUCAAUACGUACAGGGACCUGAAGGACCGACAGCAGCUUGUUGUGUACGUACCAAAGCUGGAGCGAGACUCUGUUGAGUACAGGAAGGUCCAAGAAAUCCUCAGCAAUGGGCAAAUCAGAUGGAAAAACUGACAUGGACGCUUGCACAAAGCAUGCAGCGAUGUGCUGUUACGGACAUCUCUCAUAGACAAUAUUUCACAAAAACCUCAUACAGCUGCUUAUUAUGAGUCUUACAGUUAAGGUGAGACAAACAGGACUGAGAUCUUCAGCUUGUUCAGCAUCACCAGGGCAUCAACAUCUGCUUGAUCUAAUGGAGUUAUUCUCUCGCAAAUGUAUAAAGUGUGAUUGUGAAUCUGCCAAGUGAUCUUCUGCCAACUGUACAGGUGAACACUAUUUAAACAUAAAAAUGUUGCUUGCUUGCCAGUGUGCAACAUAUUCUUCACCUCUCAAGCCCUUAUAACUUUCUAUUCAAACAUGUAUUUAUUUAUGAACAUUCCUCUUCCUCUUUUUUUUAAAUGUAUUACAAAUCCAAAACAAUUAUGUAAGGUGUAUGAAUAUGUGACCGAUUUGUUUUAAUAAAAAACCUAAAGAUUGUG